UUGUGGGAGUAGUUUUAGAGACAUGGAGCUGCUGAACGUGACGGAUCUGACCGCCAAACCAGUUUCGCUUCUGUCCAACUGCACCGUGGACACGAGCUACCGCUUCACCUUCUACCAGGUGUCCUACAGCGUCAUCUUCCUGCUGGGGCUGGCCACCAAUGGCCUGGCCGUGCGCCGGCUGUGCGUCUCCCCCGGCGCCAUGAACAGCACGGCGGUUUACAUGGCCAGCCUGUCGGCCGUCGACUUGUUCUUCGUGAUCUCUCUGCCUCUGAGGAUCUACUACUACCACCAGAGGGCCCGGGCGUCCGGCUGGACCCCCGGCGCGGCGUACUGCCAGGUCACCUUCGUCGUCAAAUACAUCAGUCUGUACGGGGGCAUCUUCUUCCUGGUGUGCAUCGCGGUGGACCGCUACUGUGCGGUGGUGCGACCGCUGGCGUCGGCGGCGCGCCGGCUGCGCGUGGCCCGGGCGGUGAGCGGCGGGAUCUGGUGCGUGGUGCUGGGGCUCGGCGUGGGCCUGCCUCUGCUGCGCUCGGCGGCCGCCCGUCCGAGCGAGCCGUGCCUGCUGGACCCGUCCGAGCGCCGCCACCGCGCCGUCAUCCUGGCCGUGCUGGGCCUGGUGCUGGCGGCGUUCCUGCUGCCGGCGCUGCUGCUGCUCUACAGCUACUGCAGGGUGCUGCGGGUGCUGCGCCGGCCGAGGCGCCGCCGCUGCCGCCGCGGCCGCCGGCGCACGCUGACGGUCAUCUACUGGGUGCUGGCCGUCUUCUUGCUGUGCUUCCUGCCCUACCACGUCAACCUGCUGGGGUACACGCUCACGCACGUGGAGCUGCUGCCCCACUGCGGCCUGGCCAGGCUCACCAAGGCCGCGCACCCCGUCGUGCUCUCCCUGGCCAGCUUCAACUGCUGCCUCAACCCGCUCGUCUACUACUUCUCCAGCAGCCUGGUGCACAGGGAGACGCCCAGCGGCGGAGGCAGCGGCAGCCAGUGACUCACACUGAUCACAGGAGGACCAAAAAAGAACUAAAAAUCCCUUCAGUAGACCAGAAAUCUGCAAAUUAGCAAAUAUACCUGCAGUCAUUUGUUCGCCAGUGACUGUUAGGCUUGAAAAUCGGCGUAAUAAAAAGCCUCAGCUGCAAUUUGCUCUCUUUCAUAUCAGACUUCACAGAUUUCUCUUUAAGCCUUCGCAGCCGUCCUCACAGCGGUGGCUGUCACUGUGAGACUUCCUCAGUUCCUCGAGAGAAACUCCUUCCUCCCCGCUGCGUAACAGCAGUGAAUCAAAGGUGCCAGAGCACCUGGCUCUUCAAGAGGAUCCCAGACGGGUUUGAUUAAUUAAUACAACUAAUUGCAACCAUGGGAAUAAGAUCUGCGCUCAGACGA